GGGGCCACGAAAGGGGCAUCGGGAGCGGGAGGUGCCGCCCACAGCUGUCCGGCACUCCGACGAUGCUUUCCCGAGCGGCCCGUCAGCCCCGUGCUGCACUUUCCGCAGUACGAUGUGCAUCAAGCAUCUCCUCUCAAGAGCCGGCUGGGCCAUCGAUGAAAACCGCUGUGCCUGGACCGAAAUCACUAGCUAUAAAGGAGAAAAUGGAUCCAAUACAUCAAACCACAUCGGUUCGGAUGUUUGUUGACUUUGAGAAGUCGUUUGGAAACUACGUUGUUGAUGCUGAUGGAAACACGAUGCUAGAUGUGUACACACAGAUCUCAUCUCUACCACUUGGCUACAAUCAUCCUGAUCUAGUGAAAGCAGCUUCAAAUCCAAAUUUUAUCACUUCACUUGUCUCACGACCAGCCCUUGGUUCUUUCCCCCGUAAUGACUUUCCUGAUGGUAUCGAAGCAGCACUUACAUCAAUUGCACCCAAGGGCUUGAAGGCAGUACAAACAAUGCUUUGUGGAACUUCAGCCAACGAGAACGCUAUCAAAACUGCUUUCAUAUGGUAUAUGACAAACCGACGAGGUGGUAAUCCUCCUGACAAAAAGGCUCUCGAUACCGCUAUGCUUCAGCAAGAACCCGGAACACCUCACUUGUCAGUACUGGGCUUCCAGGGAGCUUUCCAUGGACGUUCUCUUUGCAUGCUCUCGGUCACUCGAAGUAAAGCCGUACAUAAGGUGGAUAUCCCAGCAUUUGACUGGCCUAUUGCCAAGUAUCCACGGUACAAAUAUCCCCUCAAAGAUAAUAAAGAGUACAAUGCCGCACAAGAUAAAGAAAGUUUACAAGACGUUAGGGAGAAGAUUGCAGAAUGGAAGAAAAAGAAUCACGAUGUGGCUGCAGUAAUCGUUGAACCUAUUCAAGCCGAAGGCGGUGACAACUAUGGAAGUCCAGAAUUCUUCCAUGAACUGCAGAAAAUUUGCAAGGAAAAUGGGGUUUGCUUCAUUGUCGACGAGGUACAAACCGGUGGAGGUGGGACUGGCCAAUUCUGGGCUCAUUCACAUUGGAAUCUGCCAACCCCUCCAGAUAUUGUGACAUUCUCAAAGAAACUCAUCACGGGUGGUUAUUUCUAUGGAGAACACAUGCGCGUGAAAGAGGCUUACCGAAUCUACAACACAUGGAUGGGAGACCCAUCUAAACUAUUCCUGCUACAAAAAGUCGUUGAGGUCAUUAAGAGGGAUAAUCUUGUAGAGAAGACGAAGGAAGUGGGAAAAUACUUCCAGCAAGAGUUAAAUCGACUUCAGUCAGCACAUUCUUCGAUAUUCUCUCAAGCACGUGGUAUGGGAACAUUCGCUGCCAUUGACCUUCCCAAUGCUGGAAUUAGAGAUCUAUUUGUGACAAAGGCAAUCGAUUCCGGAUUGCAUUGUGGAGGAUGUGGUGAAAAAUCUGUGCGUUUCCGGCCAGCACUCAUUUAUGGAAAGAAGCACGCCGAAAUCACUUUUGACAUUUUGGAAAAAGCUGUCAAACAGAUCUAAAGACAUUCUAAUA